AAGAGGCAGCAGAUCCAAUUCCAAUAUACCCACUUGCCCUAUUUGCCUGCAGCAACUGUCUUCUCCUUUGUCUUUGCUGCUCCGGCUUUUUUCUUUUGCAACUUGCCCUUUUGUUUGUUUUCUUCCACAUUUAGCACCAGUACUAGAGUUUUUUUUACCCCUUUAAAUUGGCAAGUUUUAAACGGCAAAAGAGCAGUACUCCUAGUGGUGCUCUUUUUUCUUCUUUUUUGUAAAUCCUGAUUGGAUGUUUUAAGCAGCUUCUAGAGUUGUGAGCUAUCAGACCCGUGGUCUAAUUUUCUACUAUUUAUUAAGGUCAAGCACUAGUGCUGCUGAUUGGGUCCCUCCUCGUUAAAGCUUUUUUCAGAUAUAUAUGAAGCAGAAUUAGCGAGACUAAGUCUUGAAAGGUUGUUUUUCCGAUCGGCAUAACUAUUUGCAGGUUUUUGAAUCGACCCAAGAUUAAGUAAAUCUGCACAAAUGCUGGAGUACCACUGCAACUUACUGGAUCCGAUCAGCAUCCAUAUGUGAAUUGAUUUAUGACAAUAUUGAUGACGAUUCAUCCAUAGUCAAUAGCUCACAGAUAGUCAAUGUACAAGUAUUUUUAGUGGUUACACUGUCUAGGGAAAACAACUUCGAGAUAGUAUUUCUUUAGUUCCAUAUAUAUAUAUAUAUAUAUUAUAGGAUUAUUAGUAUAUGGAUUUUAAUUAUAGUUUGGGAUUAAGCCGUGGUGAAUCAAAAGAGGCAUCUGACAGUGAUGCGGGUGCAAGUUCCGGCGGAGCUCCGGGAAGCUCAAACCGGCGGCCACGUGGCCGUCCAGCUGGAUCUAAGAACAAGCCGAAGCCUCCAAUAAUCGUUACGAGAGAUACACCUAAUGCACUCCGAUCUCACGUGCUUGAAGUCUCGACAGAUGCAGAUAUCAUGGAAAGUGUGUCCAGUUACGCUAGGCGAAGGGGAAGAGGUGUUUGCAUUCUAAGUGGUAGCGGCACAGUUUCUAACGUCAACAUACGUCAGCCUGCUUCCCCUGCUGGAAGUGUGGUUACUCUUCACGGACGUUUUGAGAUUCUUUCGCUCUCUGGGACAGUGCUUCCUCCGCCCGCACCGCCAGGCUCGAGUGGGAUAUCUAUAUUUUUGUCAGGCGGACAAGGUCAGGUUGUUGGAGGGUCAGUUGUUGGCCCUUUGAUGGCAUCAGGUCCGGUUGUGUUAAUGGCUGCGUCGUUUGCUAAUGCUGUAUUUGAACGGCUUCCCUUGGAGGAAGAGGAGGGAGCUACUGCUGGUGCUGUUGGUGCAAGUCCCGCUCCUACACAGGUACAGCCUGCUGCCUCACAGUCAUCAGGUGUAACGGGUGGUGGAGAAGGUACUGGGCAUCCUGUUGGAACAGGCGAAGGUAGUGGAAGUAUGGCUUUUGGGAAUGCACCACAUAGUAAUUACUCAUUCUCAGCUGAGUUGCUUGGAUGGGGUGGCAAUACUGCAAGUGAAAGACCCCCCUUUUAGUAUCCAGAUGAUUUUCACGAGUGUUAAUAAAUACUUAACUUUCAUAUGAUUAUCUCAAAAUGGUUGGAGAUGGUAUUGCUGGUGCGCGAAAUAGGAAGGUGUUGAAUUGCAUAGCCAGUUGUGGUUCACAAACAGUAGAUUUUGUUCAAUUCCACUAACCGUGAAGCAUCAAUAGCAAGAGCAAUUAUAAUUACCUUGGAGAAAUUGAGGACAUGAGAAGGAAGAAAUUUGCAAUUCAAGGGCGCUAACUUUCUAUUAGAACCUGAGAGCAUAUUCCAAAGGUGAGGAGCUAGCUUGCAUUUCAUGUACAUAGCGUUUGUACAAGUACUAUCACACGUAACGAUCUCAUCUUGGCUGUCUAAUCUUGUGCCAUUCUAUUAUCACUUCGUUUAUUAUUAGAUCAUUUUGCUGUAAUCUUAGUACUAGGUAAGUACACGAUGGUGCAAAUUACUAGUACAGGAUUGACUAGGGCUUUGAGAGUUUCGAUCUGAUAUUGAUCUCUUGUUUUGGCC